UCAGAGGAAGACAUCUCCAUCCCCCCCCCCGUUCAGUUGGAUUUUUUCAAUUUUUUUGUACAAAGCAAUCUUUUUUUUUUUUUUUUUUGAAACAAAUAAGUUGGACUGAACCUAAAUUUGGUAUGUAUCAUUUAAAAAUGUCUUACAUGUGGAGCUGCAUCGGAUGGCGGUGCUUGUGACACUUUUGGCAUGGCAUUGCAUGUAUGUAUUCACAGCUGUGCACACCGGGACUUGGUGCGAUACUGGACGGACAAGGUGGCUGCGUCUUUCGAGUUUGGGCACCGAACGCGGAGGCAGCGUUCAUUGCACUGCAUGAUGAAGCAAGCAGCGUCGAUGGUCAGGAAGGGACGGUCAAGAUGAUUGCAAUGGAGAAGCAAGGGGCCUUUUGGGCGCAAAGGGUGCGCAAUGUCAGAGCGGGUGACAAGUACCACUAUGUGUUCAGACAUCAGGGGGUCGACUACCACCGUCGUGAUGCUCGGGCUCGGCAUACCGAUUUCAACAGUGAUGCAUGCAUCAUAACUGACCCCACAUAUGAGUGGUAUCCGUUCCAGACUCCGGCCUUCGAGGAGAUGAUCAUCUAUCAGCUACAUGUGGGCGCUUUCACAGGGCGAGAUGGUGCAGGAUCGUUUAUGGAGGCUGAAGGAAAGCUCGAUCACAUCAAAGGGAUGGGAUUCAACACCAUUCAGCUCAUGCCUGUGCAUGAAUUCUCUGGAGAGUGGGGUUACAACCCUCGCUUGCUCUGUGCAAUCCAUCAGAAAUACGGCACACCCGAGCAGCUGCGCCACUUUGUGAACGAGUGCCAUAUCCGAGGCAUUGCCGUAAUCUUUGAGGUCGUACUUAACCAUAUGGCAACAAAUCUGAACAGCCUCUGGGCAUAUGAUGGGCUCAACACGGAAGACGAUGGCGGUCUGUACUUCGACAGAGCAUUCGACACGGGUUCUAGCCGCGGUUUUGCGUACGAAGAACGAGAGGUCCGGGAAAUGAUUUCGGAUGCGGUGCGGAUGUUCCUAUCUGAGUACAAAGCGGAUGGGCUCCGCAUUCAUGCUGUUCAUAACACGCCGCGUGAAGUUCUUGAAGACAUGACCAGCACUAUGCACGAAGAGUUUCCGGGGAAGAUCCUCAUCAGCGACGUGACACCGGAGAAUCCGAAGAUCGUUAGUCGAACUGGCUUCGACAGUACAGUCAUCCACUCCACGUACUUCGAUAUGCGCAAACACAUGCGAGGAGACCUGGAUGGGAGGAAGCUGGAGAAAGCGAUCGGGCUACAUUACGGAUUCACAAAGCCCACACAGUGCAUCAAACACUUUCUGGGAGCGCAUGAUCACAUUGGCGACCGGAACGAUGGAAUGUUUGACGCCGCCAUAGAUGGAUUUCACAGGUAUGCUGUGGACCUGUUUGGAGGAAGAGCGAAGUGGGAAGCAAACGCAGCGGCGAGGGCCUGGUACAUGGUGAUGACAAUGUCAGCAGGGAUUCCGCUGCUUUUCAUGGGCACUGAGUUCAGUCAGGAUGGAUGGUGGGGCGUACAGCCUGACGAAUGCGUCAACUGGGAGAAAGCAGAGGAUGACACAGGGAAGACAAUGAUGAAACUAGUGAAGGCUGCUAAUGAGUUCAGAAGGGAGAGCCCGGCGGUUCUGCAUGGCACAGUGGAUGUGGUGCACUACGAUGAGAAUCAUGGAAUCAUCGGCUUCUGGAGGAAGUCGGAGAAGGAAUGGCUUUUUGUGGUAGCUAAUCUGAGCAGCUACCAGUGGAGCGAGGAGGAGUACGAGGUGCGCGUGGGCAACUGCGGCACCGGACACAAAUUUAUCGAGGUUUUUAACUCCCAGGAUGCGCAGUACGGGGGCUGGGAAGGAUCGGGAAAUGCCGGCAAAAAGUUGAAGGGAAAUGGCCGUCGGAUUAGUAUCAAUCUUCCCCAAUGGAGUGUGCUUAUCUUCGAACCAACGGACUGAAAGACCGGCGCCACGCACAGAUGAUGGAUCAUCGUCAGCUGAUCUCUCUCGACGGGUGCGAACAGACCUGACAGUGUGCAAAACAGACCUGUGUGAAAGUCUGAUAGUGUCAGUAAAUCUACCUUAUUCUUGUUCAGAAGGCUCCCUUCCCUUUUUUUUUUGGAGUAGCUAUUUAUAGGCCCCUUUUCUCAGUUUCUUACCUCUUUGUCACAUAUCCAGUGGAGGUCGCCAGUUCCAAGUCAGUGUGAUGGAUUCUACAUGCGGAGCCAUGAUGCGAAGCUCAAAAUUCUUAGAUAGGCAUGGUGGCUAUGGCCCUACUAUAGGGACAUGUAGUCGUCAUUUGACCGACAGCAGGGGGAGGGUUCGGAGCUCAAAAUUAUCAGAUAGGCGCGCGGUGGCUAUGGCCCUACUAUAGGGAGCUCAACGUGUGCGUGUUAAGUGACAGUCUGGUUGACAGUAAUGUGGGUGUCUGCAGUGUUUGCUCUCCCAGGAUGGAGCUAGAGUUGAGGGUGUGUUUCUACUCCAAAUGGGGGUUCUAGGGGUCCUGGUGUUGUAGGGUUGAGGGUGUGUUUCUACUCCAAAUGGGUAAAUUUAAAUUGAUAACUUAACAGAGUUGGGGGGAUCAAGGCUUGUCUUUUCUCCCCGUCUCUCCCCCCACCCCUGCCUCUCCAACACGUCUUCUUGGUUACUUUGUUUUUAUAUUAUUUUUUAUGGUGCUAGAGUCCUUUUUGUUGUUGUUCGAGGGCACACAAGUCCUCAUUCAACCGGUCCAUGGUUUGUUGGACACGGUACGCCAUACAUGUGGUACACUGGUACCACAGAGUACCACAGAGUACCACAGAGUACCACAGAGUAGCACAGAGUACCAGAUGGUACCAGAUGGUACUAAUAUGUGGAAAUGGCAGGAAUCUUCCACCUGAUAACCCAUGAUUGAUCCACCAUGAGCCACAUGGCAUGUCCACAAGGUACGGGAUCAUUGACACAGAUCUGUCGGUCGCCUAUGUUGUAAUGAUUGUAGCAGCCAGGGUGACAGACAUAUUCUUGUCUUGGGAGAGAUGGAAGCCAGAGUCAUUGGUGAGCUGGACAAGGGGGUGUCUGCCAGGGAGGAGAAGGUAUCGGUGCACAAAGUUGGAAUAUCGAAUUGAAAAGACAAGUCUGGAUAUCACACCGAUUCACACGAGGAUUUUGUGGCCUGGAUCUAGACGAUAAUCACUGCUACAUUCGGUCAAAUAAUGUUCUUAGGCUAGUGUGAGCUUGCCCUGAGAACCAAGUGGUGGUGGGGUGGAAAGGCUGAGGACGUGUUGCAUCUGAACUUAGGACUGUGGAUAUCAUGGCAGUGAGAGACGCGGUCAGGAAGACUUAGUAUGGAUGUGUAAGUCACAGGGAGAAAUCAAGACCUGCUAGAGUGAAACUACAGAGUACCAGAGGGUGUAUAAAGGCUCUGGAAGAAAUCUGAAAUCAUCUGAGCAGGAACGGGGGGCGUACAGGUUACAACAUACAAAUGAUCGAGUUCGGUUCAAGCAGGAGGCGAACGAUUGCGACAAGAAGAUCGGUGCCACGUUGUUGUCGAACAUUGAGACACGGUGAGACUGCAGAGUCUGACUACCGUCUUUCACCCGAUAAGAAUGCCCAAUCAUUAUUGCUGUAUCUGGACCAAAAGUUGGCCCAAAUACAGCUAUAAUGACCACUGGCAGGUGUUUAUUAAGAAUGCCCAAUCAUUAUUGCUGUAUCUGGACCAAAAGUUGGCCCAAAUACAGCUAUAAUGACCACUGGCAGGUGUUUAUUCGGUAAAAAACAGGUGUACGGGGGGGGAGCUCAGUUUUACUGGGGCGAGACUGAGAACUGAGAACGGAGAAAGAGUUUUUUUCUGAGGUAAAACUCAGACCUGAGUUGUGCUGGGAUGCAACUGAGUUUUACUGCGGUAAAACUGAGGUUAUGGGGAUAGAAACGAAAGGUUCUGAAGUACAGAAGGUAGCUGUGGAGGAUGUGGCGCAGGUGAAUAAUGAGCAUCGCGACUGACAGCAGUUGACACUUGAAAGGGAUGUGUGACAUUGUGUGACAAAAACUUCCGUCAUCACACUUUGGAUCCAGCUGAGUUUUACUGCGGUAAAACUGAGGCUAUGGGGAUUAUAGAAACCAAAGGAGGAGGAGGACACAGGUGAAUAAUGAGCAUCGCAAAACUACAGGGGAAGAAUUUGACUGACAGCAGUUGACACUUGAAAGGGANAAACCAAAGGAGGAGGAGGACACAGGUGAAUAAUGAGCAUCGCAAAACUACAGGGGAAGAAUUUGACUGACAGCAGUUGACACUUGAAAGGGAUGCAUGACAUUGUGUGACAAAAACUUCCGUCAUCACACUUUGGAUCCAGCUGAGUGAAUAAUGAGCAUCACAGAACUACAGGGGAAGAAUCUGACUGACAGCCUCUGAAACUUGAAAGGGAUGUGUGACAUUGUGUGACAAGAUCUUCCAUUGUCACACUUUGUGACUUGCGGCGAGAAUUGCACACAGCGGAUCCGAAUACCGGAGGAGGAGGUUAAAGCUCUUUGAAUCUUGAUUCUAUAAUGGGUGGUGGUGCAUGGCCAUGCUUAGUUGGUAGAGUGAUUUAUCUGUCUGGUUCCUUAAGAUCUUGUCAAAGGAACCAGAGGAGGAGGUUGAUUCCGUAAGACUCGGUAUGUCAAAGGAACCAGAGGAGGAGGUUGAUUCCGUAAGACUCGGUAAGAGGAGGCGGUUAAACUGAGAAAGUAGGCGGGGACGUUUGAGCUGAGAAAUGCAGGUGUAAAAUGUACAGAAAGGGGACUUGAGGUACAGUAACUAUCACUUGUCAAAGGGAAGUUAUCUCAAUAACUUGUCGAAGGGAAGUUACCUCAGUAACUUGUGGAAGGGAAGUAAUCUCAGUAGUAUUGGGGAUGGACUCCGAUGGAGGCCUAGAGUGGCGACUGAUGAUAAAUGCUUAAAGUUUGCUACUAAGUUUAUUUAUGGUCUAAGAAUGACUGAGUUCAUAUUAUAGACCGAAUUGAAGUCCUUGCCCUUCGGACAUGGUUUUCUUAAAAAUGCUGAAGUCAACGACUACUCCAUGCAGUGAAACUGAGCUGAGAACGACUCCGGCAGUGCUGGCAGGAGGGCUUUGAAUGCCACAAAGUUAAGGAAAGUGGCCCAAUGCAUAUCAAUCAGUCAGUAGAUUCAGUUCUGCAGCCCAUCGUCAUUGCUUAUAAGGUCGGCGUUGCUGCCAUCCCAUCAACAGGUCGAUGAAUCGACGAUGAUCACUCCCCUCCGAUGACUUAAUCAAUGGAACCAUACAUUGGUGCGCUUGGAUCAGAGAACAGCGGAUUGAAGCAGAGACGCUUGUCCUCAAUUUUCCAGGCGUGAGGACACCAAGAAAGGUCGGUGAAGAAGAUCAGCAUUACUUUGCUAGUAGGGGCUUUAGGGGCUAAACUCUGGACGUUGAUGAAAAUAUCAGAUAUGCACUUACUUUCCUGUUGCUCUUACUUUCCUGUUAGGUGUUGGAAAAGAGUAACAAAGAUGGAGGCAUUAGGAUAUGAGGGAGGAAAGUCUGAGAUGACGUAGAGCAUUGCUGUUUUCCCUUCUGUUCACAGCGCACAGAGUGUGGGAUCUGUGUGUGUGUGUGUGUGUGUGUGUGUGUGUGUGUGUGUGUGUGUGACAGAAACAGAGCUGAGAAGGAUAGCAGAUAGUGAGAGGGAAAAGAGAGAUGGGAUGUAUGUGUACGUGAAGCUGUGAUAGACAGAGAAAGAGAGCAGAUGAGGAUGGCAGCGAUAGAGAGGGAAAAUAGGUCACGGGAGAGAGAGAGAGAGAGAGAGAGAGAGAGAG